GAAACCUGCAGCUGAUGGUUCAGUCGAUAGCGAUGCAACAGAGCCCUCGAACUCCGCUUUCACUUUACAGAUUUCUGCUGAAAUGUGUGAGAAAAUUACCUGAAGAGACACAGAAGCAUUAUAAGCACCACGUGAAGCAGGCCUACGCAAGUCACUGUGAUGAAACUGACCCGCAAAGAAUACAACAAAUAAUUGACAGAGCUAUACAGGAUGCAGAAUGGCUGAUGAAAAAGUAUCAGAAGGGAACUGUAUGAUGACUGAAGUGCAUUUUGAUUACUGAUGAAAGUGAAAAAGUCGAUGACUCUUCUCAUCUCACCAGGAAUUAACUAAUUAAAAAUAACUCGGUCACAAGGGGUAACAUGUUCAUUUGUUUUUCAGAGUAUCUUUGUCGUGAAUUAACAGCUGAAUCCAAUGUCUCAUUACAUCAUUUGUUGGCAGUAUAGUCAGCUUACUUUUGCUGAAUGCUACAAUGCACAAACAUUUUGCUUUUAAUUUCUCCCUAUGCAGCAUAUUGUCAGAGUUUUGGGGGUUUCAAUAAAAGCAGGUUAUCAGUGUUCUGCUGCCUUUUGUAAGUCAGACCUCUUACUGCAAUCUGUUGAGCAUGUUACCAGUGUUCUACCAUGGCUUUUAAGACCUCUUACCCAAUCUGUUGAGCCUGAGAGCUUGCUCUUGCACUUGAGAUUCACCUUACAGCCUUUUUUCUUGCCACAGCCGACUAUUACAGUUAGAAUAAUGCAAGAAUAAAAGCAAAUUCUCUAAUGAUUGUGCAUACACUGUUAACAUUUGACAAAGUAUCUACAGAAGGUUAUCAAAACCAACCUAACAUUUAUGCCAAUGUAGGUUUGUUUAUUUCAAAACUGUUAUGGCAGGCAUACAUUGCUCAUGCCAUCAUUCUUUGAAGUUGUUACAGAUUGCAAAUAAGACUAUCCAAAAGAAAAUGAGAUUAGAGAACAAAAUCUGGAUAAUUGAGGUUUCAAUGUUUUUCUAAAAGUUAGUAAAAUAUACUCUAAGGACACAAGUCUGUUGGUUUGUUUGUUUUUUUUUCUGUUUUGUGUGCUCUGGUAAUCUGUUAUUGCCACUGUAAGAUCAUUAGUGCCUAUAUAUUUAGUUAGCCUAUUGUUUUCUAUAUGGGGCAUGUGGAAUGCACCUAGACAAGGGUAAUUUAUUCAAAAUGCUCUCAUGGCUUCAGCAGUUUUAAUAUCAUUGUUUUGGUAGGAAUGUUAUGCAGUCCAUUUUAGUUUCCAUGGAAACACAACUGCAGUAUACAGUACAGUUUAAGUAGCUAUUUCUAGGGCCAUAUCAAAUGUGUCAUUUUUUAGCGAUUGUCAAUUUAGGUUUUAUGUCAAUUACACCUUUGGUUUUUCUCUACUGUAAAGUUUGUUUAUAUGUAUAUUUCUUUCAGUUUUAACUGCACACUAUGCUUGAGUAUUGCUCUGCUGCAAGAUAUCUUUGCACUGCUUGUCAAGUCAAUAAAGAUUAAAUGCGA